CUCCCUCUGGUGUAAACAUCAACACGAGCUGUGAGGCAGAGCUCCAUGCUGUGUGAAGUAAAACUCUCUUUUGGACUAUGGGCGAUUGUGAAAUAACAGACUCAACGUGUAAUAUUAAAGAUCCAGAAACCUCUCUUAAGCAAGUGGAACAAGAACUAAGAAAUGUUACCCGAGAGCUACAAAUCCUUCAGGGUCGUAAACAAAAGUUAGAAGCCAAGAAAGAGAAGCUAAUAUAUGCCAUUCAACAACAAAAGUCUGCUCACCUGGCUCGGAAUGACUGGGAGAGACAAGAUUUUUCUUGGUCAAAAGAGUUGGAGAAUGUACAGAAGAGUGUGUUCAAGAUCCCAGCACUACGAGAGCACCAGCUACCCACCAUAAAUGCGACUCUCUCAGGUGUUGACUGUAUCCUCAUCAUGCCUACAGGAGGAGGCAAGAGUUUGUGUUUCCAGCUGCCAGCUCUUGUGUCUAAAGGCAUCACCUUGGUAGUGUCUCCUCUAGUGUCACUGAUGGAGGACCAGAUGAUGGGUCUGAAGGCUCGGGGGAUUAACGCCAGAAUGUUAUGUGCAUCCUCCACCAAAGAAGAAGUUAAUGGAGUCCACGGUGAUAUGAUCAGUGCCAGCAGUGGACUGAAGUUGCUCUAUGUAACACCGGAGAAGUUAGCAAAAUCUAAGAGGUUCAUGACGAAGUUACAGAAGAUGCACCAGAUGGGUAGAUUUGCUCGCUUAGCAAUAGAUGAAGUCCAUUGCUGUUCACAGUGGGGUCAUGACUUUAGGCCAGACUUCAAGUAUCUCGGUAUUAUGCGUAAAAUGUUUCCCGGCACACCAAUUCUGGGAUUGACGGCCACAGCAACUUCAAGAGUAAUUCAAGAUGUGCAGAAAAUUCUUAACAUUGGAGGUUGUUUAGUUCUCAAAGCUUCCUUCAAUCGACCUAAUUUAUUUUAUGAGGUACGACCCAAGCCAUCAGUCCAGGCAGAGUGUAUGUCUCAACUACAACACUUACUUGAGCGGGAGUUCAAAGGCCAGUCUGGGAUCAUCUACACCAUGACCAUUAAGGACGCAGUUGAACUGGUCAAAGAACUCAGAUCUAAAAAUUUGCGUGUUGCUCCCUAUCAUGCUCAGCUCGAGGCUGAUGUUAGAAGCAAAGUACACAGAAAAUGGGUAGAAAAUGAAUAUCAGGCUGUGGUGGCAACCAUUGCAUUUGGUAUGGGGAUCGACAAACCUGAUGUUCGCUUUGUUAUUCAUCAUUGUAUAUCUAAGUCCAUGGAGAACUUUUACCAGGAGAGUGGAAGAGCAGGAAGAGAUGCCAAGCCAGCAAAAUGUAUUGUGUUCUGGAGAUUUGCUGACCUAGCACGACAAAGUACGAUGGUGUUUACUGAGCAAACUGGAUUAGAAAAUCUCUAUGGUCUGAUCAGCUAUUGUUUAGACAGUCACAGGUGCCGAAGAAAUAUGAUAGCCGAACACUUUGAUGAGAGAUGGGAGACAGCCGACUGCCAAGGAAUGUGUGAUCACUGUAAAGCACCAAGAGAAGUUAAAAAUUUAGACAUAGCAAAAUAUGGUGAACACAUUCUGAUGAUACUCGCUAACGCUGCUUGUGUGGAUCAAAGGUUGACAGGUCAGAAGCUUGUUGACUUGUUCCUAGGUAAAGGUCCCGCCAAGAUGCGAGUGCAGGAAGCUACAGUGACUGGAGUAACACGAGACAGGGCUGAGAACAUCAUUGCUUUUCUUCUUAUUGAUGGUUUCCUUAAAGAAGACUUCCACUUCACUCCCUACAGUACUAUUAGCUACAUUGUACCUGGUCCAAAGGCAGGAGCUGGAAUACCACCAAGUCCUUUAAUUGUUGGUGGCAUAAGAAAAUUAUCAAGUUUUUCAGAAGAGUCAGCAGAGUCAGACAAAAUUACUUUGGCUACUAAACAGAACCAUUCAGUUACAAGUAAUGAAGCAAAUAAAGGAACCAAGAGGAAAGGUGGCAGCAAACCAACAACCAAUAACAGUGAUCAGUAUACCCACAGUAGCAACAAGGGUACUGGUGGCAAAGAUCAUCCUCAGAGUAGGAAGAGUGGUAUCAAAACAGUUACUAUUGUUACUAGUAGCAGUAAUUACACAGAUUCUGACACUGACUCAAAGCUGAACAGGAAAUGUUAUAAAAGAGAGGAAUACAAUAAUGAUGGUGGCAGUAAGAGUCAGGUAGAGAUUAACUCAAGAUAUAAUUCAGAAGAUGAGAAGAAGACUUUAGAAAAGAAAGCCUCCUCACUUCUCACCUGCCAUGAUAAUGAGAAUUACCUCUCUACUGACUCUGACCAACCAACCUCAUCUAAACGGAGAAAAUUCAUCACCAUUGACAGUUCUGAUGAUGACUUAGAUGAUUAAGUACAUUAAUGGAUUACAGUACUUUAUUCCUUUUAAAUUUAAUGGUGUCAUCAUGCAGUUAUUGGGGUGUCAGUUUUCAUAGUACACCUGUACAGUACCAGAUUUAGGUGCCUGGUCCAGGGUUUUCAGACAUAACAGCUCAAACACUGGGCAAUGCUCAGAAAACAAGUGGAAAAAGCAUGCACCAUAGACCAUAGAUGUACACUCCACAACUGACCAAUGUGAAGUGACCGUCAUUGACGCGUGUGAUGCAUAGAGUACUUAUUUACAUUAAGGUGGGCGGUCAAUGAUCGCAUCCCAUGGCAAUAUGUUCAUCAUAUAUAUACUGUAUUUGCAAAUGUCUCUCAUAUUUCAAAACAGGGAUGGAUCCAAGGGGAGUCCUGGGGGUCUAGACCUCCUUUUCAUCAGAAAAUUCCAAUACUUUUUCUUUAAUGCAGUAUUGUACUCAGGCAUUUUUGUAUAGUAAAAAGUAAUUACUAUUGCCUCAGAAUAUCUCUUAAUGUCAAUGCAAAUGGCCUCAAAAUGCCCAUGAUAUUGGUCAGAUCUAAAAAAAUCUGGAGGGUGGUCUUACUGCCCCCCCCAGCUAGGUGGGCUCACUGUGCUCGCCAGCUUCUCUAACCAACAACUUCUUGGACCCCCACCCCCUUUUUGAUAUUCCUGAAUCUGCCCCUGCAAAAUUUUACCAAAUAUUGCCAAAUUUUUAAUAUCUAUUUCGUAACAGCAAAACAUUAUGAAUUAUGUCUGAUUUCAAAUCUGAGGAGUACAAAUUAUCUUUUUUUUACUGUACAUAUCCUCAUCUUCACAUCAUCCACCUCUCAUUGCAUAAGGCCAUCCAUGCCACAUGCACGCAUGUCGGCACUCGGGAACCCUCAAAAGUCUUUGCGGCUCUGAAAGCUUCUACAUCUAAUAACAGUUUAAAUAAAAAACAUCUGAUUUCCUGAAAGAGUAACAUGAUGUAUGAUUAUUUUGCUUGAACUAAUUUAUUUUGAGCUUAACUAAGCCAAUCUCUGUUAGUGUUAUAUGCUGACUGUUGUUUUGAACAGCUGUGCCUCCCUGGUGAUAUGGGCUUCCGAAUACAGUAAGUCCUCACUUAACGUUGUGGUUCCGUUCUUGUAAACAGCGACGUUAACGGAAUCAAUUUUCCCCAUAAGAAAUAGAUAAAAUACGGCAGUUGUGUUCCCCAGUUUCCCAUUGCUCCAUAAAAUACAGUACAUUACAUAUACAUAAGUUCAAUGGAAUUUUUUUAGAAAAUAGUAUAUAUUAUACUGUACUAUUUCCAAAAAGAAAAAUAAACUUAAUCAUUUUGUAUUGUACCCACUGAUGGGCGGAAGUGGAGCGAAUAUGUGUUUGGUAGUGAAGAGGAGGAAGAGAAGGGUGGCUCCUCCCGCUCUGACUGGGUGAGAGAGGGUGAUGCGUCGUACAAAGUAGUCCGUGACGACGUUAUACCAAACUGGCGGGACGUUGUCCGAAUCAUGGUUAUCUAAAGAGUAGCGACGUUAAAACGAAACAAUGUUGUCGGGAGCAACGUUAAACGAGGACUUACUGUAAUGGAUUCCGUUUGAGUAACAACAUCACUGUGGCUUAAUUAGUCCAGUACUCAGGGUCUUUACUGUAGUUUAUUAUUUUGGCUUAACUUGAAUACUAUAUUAUAAUUUAUUGCUCUUGUAUAGGGUGUGCCAUAGAUGGUGCACCAUACUGUACUGGGUGUGUCAUAGAUGGUGCACCAUACUGUACUGGGUGUGUCAUAGAUGGUGCACCAUACUGUACAGGGUGUGCCAUAGAUGGUGCACCAUA